UUCGCCCCCUUCUCAACACUUCCAUCUGAGUUGCGCUGCAAAGUCUGGGCUUCUGCUUGUUUCCCACGGGUCCUAUCCCUCACAUACAACUCUAAUACAUCAACCUUCCAAACUACAACUCCAACACCAGCUCUCCUUGCAGUAUCCCAUGAAGCUCGAGAAGAAGCACUACGAGUUUACGCACUUAAUUUCGGCACCUCUACCUCCCCGGCGAAUAUCCACUUCAACCCAUACUUCGACACCUUAUACCUACCACGAUAUGGAGAGAUGGGUUACGACGAAACAUUACGAGACUUCAGAAGUAUCGUAUCUGAUCCCAACCAACAGUUGGACCAAGUACGAAGCAUAGCACUAGAUGUCGUGGCACUGGAAGUCAAAAGGCCAUGGGAAGGAUACAACAAAGCCACCUUACUACGAAGCUUCAAGAACCUCCAAGAAGUUAUCCUCGUCCUCGGCUCCAACGCCAGUGAAGAAGACAACACCGAAACCCCCCAGAAACAAGUCAUCCAGUUCGCAGAACCGAAAGACGACCCAGAGAGGCUACUCAAGAUCUGGUACUACUUCCGGCAAUCCUUUAUCGCAGAAGAAAAGAUACUGGAGGAAGUAUGCCAAGCAAGCGGGAAGCCUUACACACCCUUCAGCUUACCAACCGUGAAGAUCAGAUCCAAGAUC